AUGGAGUCAGCUUCCAUUGCUGCGAUUACCAGGAAUACUGUCAAUGGCAAAGGACACAUACGCCACUGCUACAGUAACGUCCAUCUUUCAGCUGAGGGUCUCGUAGCCUCGAAUCAGUCUUGCCGUACAGACAGCAUGGCCCCCAGAAAGCGCAGCAACCUGUGGUAUGUGCAUAAGAAAACGGUGUGCCCUGAGGCAGAAAAAGUGAUCACACACAAGUUCCCAUUGGAGAGCAGCAAUCGCAGAAUCCAUUGGACCAUCCUCCACGGUCAGUGCCAUCGACCGUUUGAACCGGCGGUGGCUGAGGUUCAUAGGAAGCCAUGA